AUGCGGAACCAAUCUCUCCGCUACUACAGACAAAAGGUUUGCACUGGGAACCAUUCUUCUGCUACACCAAGCCUCCCAGAAACCGGAAGUAGGCGUGUGCCCCCGCGGCUCCAAGGUCUCUCGCCCUCCACCCCUCGCAGCGAGUCGCGCUCCCUGCUGCCGUAUUGGUGGCCGUUGUCUCCCGGCUGCUGCUGCCUUCCGGACGGCCGAGUAGGUGGGCGGGGCCUGGAGCUCUCGGUGCGUGAACAGGAUUCAGUUGUCAUGGAAGAUGUGGCUGUGGUGUUUACUCAGGAAGAGUGGGCUUUGCUGGAUCUUGUUCAGAAGAAUCUCUACAAAGAUGUGAUGAUGGAAACCUUCAAAAACCUGGCCUCAGUAGGUAUACCUUAUGAAUGUAAGGCAUGUGGAAAAGGCUUUAGUUGUUCUUCAGACCUCAUUAGACAUAGAGAAACUCACAUUGAGAAGAGGCCUUAUGAGUGUAAGGAAUGUGGGAAAGCCUUUAGCCAGGCCUCACACCUCACUACACAUGUAAGAAUUCACAGUGGGGAGAGGCCUUAUGCAUGUAAGGAGUGUGGGAAGACCUUUGUUGUAGCUGCUUCCCUCACCAGACAUAAAAGAACUCAUAGUGGAGAGAAGCCUUAUGAAUGUCAGGAGUGUGGAAAAGCAUUUAGUCGUUCCUCACACCUCAUUGAACAUAUGAAAACUCACAGUGGAGAGAGGCCAUAUGAGUGUAAGGAGUGUGGGAAAGCGUUUAGUCGUUCCUCACACCUCAGUGAACAUUUGAAAACUCACAGUGGAGAGAGGCCUUAUGUAUGUAAAGAAUGUGGAAAAGCCUUUAGCCAGACCUCACACCUCACCACACACAUAAGAACUCACAGUGGGGAGAGACCUUACGAAUGCAAGGAAUGUGGGAAAACCUUUGCUGAGGCCUCAUCCCUUACUACACAUACAAGGACCCACAGUGACGAGAGGCCUUAUGAAUGUAAGGAAUGUGGGAAAGCAUUUAGAUGUUCCUCACACCUCACUAAACAUACAAGAUCUCACAGUGGAGAGAGACCUUAUGAGUGUAAGGAGUGUGGGAAAUCUUUCACAUGUUCCUCCCACCUCACUGAGCAUGUAAGAACACACAGUGGAGAGAAGCCUUAUGAGUGUAAGGAAUGCAGGAAGGCUUUUAGUUGUUCCUCACACCUCACUUCACACAUGAAAACUCACAGUGGAGAGAAGCCUUAUGAAUGUAAGCACUGCGGGAAAGCUUUUAGCCAGGCCUCUUCCCUCACUACACAUUUAAGAACACAUAGUGGAGAGAAGCCUUAUGAAUGUAAAGAAUGUGGGAAAACCUUUAGUCAGUCAUCAACUCUCACUACACACAUAAGAACUCACACUGGAGAGAGGCCUUAUGAGUGUAAGGAAUGUGGGAAAGCCUUCAGUCAGGCUUCAUCCCUCACCACCCAUAUAAGGACGCACAGUGGAAUUAGGCCUUAUGAAUCAAGCUUGGGCAAAGUCCCUGGCUCCAGCUCCACGGAGCAGCAGUUCCAGGUCUAUUCUGUCUCACACUGGGUCUCUUGA